AUGAUAAUACCAAUGGACGGAUAUUGUUAUAAACAAAAUGUUAAAAUAAUUAGGAGUUUUGCCGAUUUAGCAACAAUCGCAUUACACAGGCGCAACGAGUUGGACAGUAGAAUAAAAACUUUUCUCGGAAAAUGUGACUUAUCCAUACAGAAUAUUGUCAAAUUGAAAUGCGAGGUCCAAGGACUGAUGAACAAACUGAACUGUGAGCCAUCUGAUCUAAAGCAAACUUUUCUGAAUUGCGCAAAAACUAUAGAUGAAUAUACAUAUUUAAUAACUGAUUUCAACAUUGCGAUUGAGAAUUUAGUUUUAGGAAAGGGAUCUGUUGAUUUGACACCAGUACUAGAUACAACAAAUAAAUUGAUCCCGAAACAAGUGAACCCUGUAAACAUAAUAGACAUGCUGACUGAACCUGUGCCGUCCACUUCAAACGCCUGCGUAAACAACUGCCAAGUACCAAAACCGAUAAAGAAAAGGAUACCCAAGGAGGAGCAGCUAUUAAUAUCCUUUUCAAGUUCUUCGUGCUCAGCGGAAAGUGUUCCAAUUAUUACUGAUAGCACCGCAGAACUUACUGACGGAGUUAAGGAUAUAAGUUUAGAUCCCAUAAUGGAACAAAUCAAGAACACUAAUAUACCGGCCCAGGUCAUGCUGCAAGUAGACAAACAGUAUCCCGGAGUCAUUCUCUAUGUUGACGGCAUAUCCUUCUGGAUGGCCACUGGGAGUAUUGACCAGACAUUUUUCUUACUCAACCAAAUGGCGAAGCACUAUAAGGACAAUUACGUGCAGUUGAGCCUUCGCCAUGUCACGGCGAUGACGUACUGUGCGCUGUUUGACGACGAAUGCCAUUUGUACUACAGAGCCUUGUUUCUUAAAUUAAUUGACAAUGAUACAAGCUUAGCUGAAGUGUUCUUGAUUGACCUCGGAGAGACGAGGCUGGUUCAUACAUGUCGCGUGCAGCCUCUUGCACCACAGUUCUGCAUACACGCGCCCUUGGCUCGGUGCUACCAUCUAGCCGGGGUGGAGCAUAUCGAUAACGAAGACGUGAUCAAACAAUUUGAACAAUUCAUGCUUCAGUACCUAGCAACGGACGUCAUCAUAACGAUCGAUGACAACACAUCGGAAUCUCUUGGUGUAUACGUCGAAGUGGUGAAGACCAGGGAGAUAAUUAACGACUUGGUAGUCGCUGCAGGGCUGGCUGUCAAAAUUGACAAGAACAGUGCUAAUAGUUCGCCGAGAAAGGGCAUUCCGGAAUUGUCGGAAAACAGUUACGACAUCGGCCAGGAUCCGGAAUACGAGGACCCUGUCUUAGCUGUUACGGGUUAUCAUAAUCGAGAUGAAGCUGACAUCUGUAAGCACUAUACGGGUGGACCGCAGAAGACUUGCUUCAAAGGAGCGCGGUGCCAGAAGAAACACAUUGUCAAACAUCCAGACGGCUGGACACUCGACCGCGUGACUGUACCGGGCAAGGUGAAUAGCUUGGCCCUCCCCUCCCCCGGCACUUGGCUCAGGGUUAUCGUUACCCACGUGGCUCACUUCAACCGCUUCUACGUGCACUUGGCAACCAAUAACGAGGAUGAUAAAGCGGAACAUCCAAAGUUUGGAGUAAUUCUACCGGCAACGACUUUACCCAGUUUGAUAAGAGAUAUGAACAGUCCGGCGACGAAGAUAUCGUACAAACCACUCGAGUUGGCGCCAGCGCCGGGCGAGUUAGUAGCAGCCUUAUAUCCCCCAGACGAGCAAUGGUACCGCGCAAGAGUUACGGACUACGAUAGGACGAUCCAAAGCGUGGAGGUCUUCUUCAUAGACUUUGGGAACACCCUUUGGGUGAAAGAGGACAAGAUUCGAUGCCUCGACACGCGGUUCUUGGUACUCCCCGCUCAAGCGAUGGCGUGCGUCUUGGGAAGGGUGAAGACGAUUAACAAAACAGUUUACCAGAUCAACACCUAUCUUGAGCCUGCUCGUGCGCAUCUCGAAAAGCUUAUACAGGACAGGAAGUUCGAAGCCUAUGUCACAUCGACAAACUACGAUAGCAUUACAGUGGACCUUUGCGAUGAGACCGGCCACAGUGUGGCGGACGCUCUCGCGAAGACCAAACUAGUCCAACUCUAUGACUACGUGACGGAAGAAGACACUACGGCCCAACAGAAGAUGGUCGUGCCAUGA